GUGGUCCCUUCCCUGAACGGAACACCACCUUGGAAUGUCUGCUUCGGGAGGCUCUGCCCCUCAUAAGAUCCCCUACUUCACUGCCUUCGCUUGGAAGAUCUACGACAUCAAAUUCCUCCUGCUCGACUCGAGCGAACUCUCCGCCAUGUCAAAAUCAAAGGCGCUCCAGUCGAACCUGGACGUCGACUACGUGAUCAGCUACUGCUUUGCGAAAACGGACAAGGCCCAAGCCGCAGCUCAAUUCGAGAAGCUGUGCCAUGCUCUUGCGAAUGUGGGUCUGCAGACAGAAGCCCGCAAUGGCGACAACCACUCGCUGCUGCUCUUCGUCAGGGUAGCUUCUGACGAGCACUUAUUUGGUGAAGUCUACAGGUCAAGGGUGCGAGACUGGAUGCAUGGCGUCCGCUCUGCUGCCCCCGACAAAGAGACGCGUGCAGCACUCGAAGCCGAGCCCCUCUACGAAGCCGAACGUCUACGCAUUAUCUACCAACUGAUCACCAACCCUGCAAACGAAGGCGGAGCUGGCAUUACCCCUAAAGAAGGGGAUUGGGAGAAUGUCGAGUCCAUCUUUGCCCUGCACGACCACGCAUACAACAAGGAUUGGAUCAAGAAAUGGACACAGUCGUACUUUCUUAAGACGGAAGAUCUUGACGAUAUUCGGAACCGCUUGGGCGAGAAGAUCGCUUUCUACUUCGCAUUCACGCAAUCCUAUUUCACCUUCUUAAUUCCUGCAGCCGGGUUCGGCGCCUUUGCAUGGCUCUUCUUCGGCCACUUCUCGCCCAUCUACGGCAUCUUCAGCGCGCUCUGGUGUGUCGUCUUCACUGAAUACUGGAAACAGCAGGAGGGUGAUCUCAGUGUCCGCUGGGGCGUUAAAGGAGUCUCCAAGAUCGACGUCAAGAGGAGGGACUUUCUACACGAGAAGACGAUCACAGACCCUGUGACUGGGGAGCAGGUCGGAUUUUUCCCUGCGCAGAAGCGCUUCCAAAGGCAGUUGCUGCAGGUCCCCUUCGCCAUCGCGGCCACGCUUAUGCUUGGAACUGUCAUUGCAACCUGCUUUGGCAUUGAGGUUUUCAUCUCGGAGGUCUACAAUGGGCCGCUUAAGAGCGUAUUGGUCUUCAUUCCUACGGGUAUCCUCACCACCGUCAAUCCUGUCCUGAACACCAUUCUGACUCAGUUCGCUACACGACUUACCAAGUUCGAGAACUACGAGACAGCAAGCGCGUUCGAAUAUUCCUUGACCCAGAAGAUCUUCGUUCUGAACUUCAUCAUGUCCUACCUAGGUAUCUUCCUUACUGCGUUCGUCUACGUACCCUUCGGUACCAUUAUCGUGCCGUACCUCGACGUCUUUAAUGUGGCUGUUCGACCAUUUGCCGAGGACGAGAAGCAGCUGCACCUCAGCUCUACCACCGACGUUUCUGCCUGGUCGAUCAACCCCGACCGUCUCCGCAAGCAAGUCAUCUACUUCACUGUCACUGCGCAAGUCGUCAACCUGGGCAUGGAGCUCAUUGUUCCCUAUCUGAAGCGCCGAGGUUUCGCCAAGUACAAGGAGAUGCAGUCUAAGCGUGCCGCGAAGAACGGUGGUGCUGCCCCAUCAGCUGCUGCUAACGACCCGCCUGAGGAUGCCGCUUUCUUAGAGCGUGUCCGCAAAGAAGCCGAACUCGGUAUCUACGAUGUCACCGCCGAUCUCCGCGAGAUGGUUGUGCAAUUCGGCUAUUUGUCCCUCUUUUCCGUCGUCUGGCCUCUAACCGCCGUUUCGUUCUUGAUCAACAACUGGAUCGAGCUCCGCGCGGAUGCUAUGAAGAUCUGCGUCGAGAUGCAACGUCCCAUCCCAUGGCGUGCCGACACCAUCGGUCCAUGGCUCGACAGCCUCACCUUCCUGACCUGGCUCGGCAGCCUGACUACCUCAGCGCUUGUCUACAUGUUCUACGGCGACGGCAAAGGCCCCGACGGCAAGCCGUCCAACAUCCAGCUCUGGGCCCUCCUCCUCACCGUCUUCUUCGCAGAGCACGGCUUCAUUCUCGUUCGCACCGCGGUCCGCAUCGCGGUCUCGAAGAUGGACUCUCCAGGCCAGCAGAAGGAGCGUCGCGAGCGCUUCUUGAUCAGGAAGCAGUUCUUUGAAGAGAACUUGAGCCAGCUCCAGAAGUUUCCCACGCUGACUGAUGGCGGGGAGGAGAUUACGAGAAAGAGCCUUGAGGAGGAUGCGAGGCAGUCUAGUCUUAAGGAGUCGACGCCUGAGACGAGGUUCUGGACUCGCCAGCGCGGAUGGAAGGAGUCGGCUAGCGUAGGCAAGACGCUGAUUGAGCGGGCUGCGAUCGAGGCUAGUCCUGAGAGGAAGAAGGAGCUGUAGCGUUUUGAGUGGCAAUGGCAGUUAUCCUAGGGGUGUAUGCAUGGAGACGGAAUGUGGAGACUAUGGAGGCAAAAGCAAGAUCUCGACGUGGGUUUCCUAGUGGAGCAUUUCUAGCCUGGCGUUUGUGAGCGACCUAAGCAAUAUCGACAUGAGAUUCUUACCUUGCGA